AGUCGAUUCCCAAGGACUAUUCGGGUAAGUAAUAGAUAUUGAUAGCAUUCAGCGGUGUCGUUUACCUUGCCCCUCACGGCUUAAUAGUGCCCAGAGCGGGGGCAAGACAGCCAAUCGCCUCAGUUGUUUCCCAUUUAGCUGCGCCGAUACUCCUAAAUUCAUGGUAGAUCAGAGUUGAUCUUCACCGCUGGCGAUGCCGGUUUGUUUCAGUAGACACGGUACUGAGAUUAAGUGAGCGAAGCGGAUAAAUAUGGUCAACGGUCCGCCACGUUUUGGACUGGCCAUCACUCUCCCGCUUUCUGGGCAAGUCUAUUCCUUGCGCAUCUAGCUUCAACCCACUCAGCAUGGCAAUUCCCCAUUACGGCGUCUGGGUUGGCAAGCCCACCAGAUACAGAGCUGAGACUGCCCGUCAGGACUCCAGAUCUCCCCACAUUUACCUCCACUUCACCGACGGCUCGCAUAUGGACAAAGAAUAUGAAGCAGCUAUCAAUGUCAAAUCCACAAAUAGAGAUACUCGACUAGUCUUUUGGCUGGAUCGAGAUCUGCACAACCCGGUAGCUCGUCAUCUCGAGCAGCUCGAUCCAGGCCUCCACCCUAUAAAAUCUCACAAUCACGACCACCACACCGGCUCCGUGCCAGGAAUCGACUAUCUCCGCACCCCGGGUCUCGUCGACGUCGAGGCAGGUCGACUGCUUCCUCAUGACAUCCCCGGCCCAAUGAAUGAUGUGCUAGACCUGAUGGAGCCCAUCCUAAACGAUGCAAUUCGUCACAGAGCGACCAUGUAUAUCUUUGGUCAGCCAUACAACGACGGUAUUCAUGACAUUCAUUUGAACCAGGGAAACCUACCGCAGUUUGAAAACGGUGUGUUUGAAGAUGGUGGCCUCUUCUUCCGGUUCCCGGAUGGACAUUGGGAGGGUGUUUUCCUGGCGUUUGCAUCGCAGAGAGUUCCUACCGAUGACACUGGGAAGCCUGCUCAUUAUAGCACCACGUUGGCGCAGAUGUUGGGAUAUGAUCAAUAAUUCUUUUCAUCUUAUCUGGUAUCGUCUAUUGUUAUGGGUGUUUUGUUUUGUUUGCAUAGACAGCAGGUGUUUCGGGGAUGAUAGAGAACUUAGACUAUAAAUGUUGUAUAUGUUGGAAAACAUAGAUUGCCAAUUGCCAUACAGUGUAACUAGGGUUAUAUAUGGUCAGCGUCAAAUAGCGACCAAGGAAG